UAUUCCAUGAGGAAUUAUUACAUGUCAAAUUCUUAGUACAAGUAGAACAACACAAGUACGUGUUUGCUUACGUUGCCAAACGAUAUGUGCGUAUAAAAGUAACACACUUCAAAGUGGUUUACAGUUACACCUCAGCAUAAUACAUCCAAUUUUUUAAGCAGAAGAAAAAGAUUUAUUGAUUCAGCAACACAACUCAACACCAAGAGAGAGAAGAUACAACAUGGGUUGGAGAGGAAUAUUGGGUUUUGAAUAUGGCAUAGUUCAAGCUCCUUUAGGUCCUGAUAUCUCUGGUCCCCAACUUGUUGCUGCUGUUGCCAAUGCUGGUGGCCUUGGCCUUCUCAGGGCACCUGAUUGGGAAUCGCCGGAUUACUUGAGGGAGCUAAUAAAGAAGACUAGGACAUUAACAGAUAAACCCUUUGGGGUUGGUGUUGUUCUAGCUUUUCCUCAUGAGGAGAAUUUGAAGGUCAUUCUUGAUGAAAAAGUUGCAGUUUUGCAAACUUAUUGGGGUGACUGUACAACGGAAUUGGUUGCCAAGGCUCAUUCAGCUGGGGUCAAAAUUGUUCCACAAGUUGGGAGUGUCAAAAGUGCAAAACAGGCAAUUGAUGCAGGUGCCGAUGGAAUCAUCGUGCAAGGACGUGAAGCUGGUGGUCAUGUUAUUGGUCAGGAAAGUUUAAUUUCAUUGGUGCCGAGGGUGGUCGAUCUUGUUGGUGACCGUGAUAUACCUGUUAUUGCAGCUGGAGGAAUUGUAGAUGCUCGAGGUUAUGUUGCUGCUCUAGCACUCGGUGCUCAAGGCGUCUGUCUAGGCACUAGAUUUCUUGCAACUGAGGAAAGCUAUGCUAAUCCUAUAUACAAAAGAAAGGUAAUCGAACUCGAUGAAACCGAGUACACAGAUGUAUUUGGAAGGGCAAGAUGGCCCGGUGCACCACACCGUGUCCUACAGACACCCUUCUUCAAGGAAUGGAGAUCCCUUCCAACCGAUGAAAGUGAAGCCAACAAGCCUGUCAUUGGCCAUUCAACGAUUCAUGGCGUGGAGAAAGAGAUACGGCGUUUUGCCGGUACUGUCCCGAAUGUGACAACUACAGGAGAUCUAGAGAGUAUGGUGAUGUAUGCUGGUGAAGGCGUUGGUCUCAUCAAGGAAAUUUUGCCUGCUAGUGAAGUGAUAAAGAGGCUAGUUGAAGGGGCUCAACUUAUAAUACAACAAAACUUCAAGUAGACUGUCGAGUUGGUUUGAGAAAUCACAUGAUUAGUAAUUGAUCGAGAACGAGUUGGUUUCUUAUUAUCAUUCUCUUAUGUCUGCUCUCUGCAAUCAAUUGGUUAUUUAUGAGAUUGAUAGAAUUUGAAUUCAAUUUCAAAAGAAUGUUUUAGAAUAUAUAUAUAUAUAUAUAUAUAUAUAUACCAUAGGAUGAUGUUUCGGUAUCAACAUGCUGUUGAGAGAGUUGUAAGAUGACUCUCCCUGUAAAGAAUCGCGUCUGUCCAAUGCCGUGUCUAAGAAAAUCAAAUCUCUUUGUUACCAAUUCGAAGAUGAGUUCUAUAGUAGAGCCAAAGACUCUAAUUACAAUGUAUUUGCAACAACAAAACAAGACUCGCGCAAUUGAACGAGUACAUGAUAGUUGACAACAGUUGGUUGUAGUUAGCUAAGACAGUUAGCAUGAUUCUGUUAUACACAAGUUCUAUGGUCUCUUUUGAUAAUUGAAUGAGUUCAAAAGGAUCCUCUUCUGGAUCUGCAAACUGUUACACCAUUGUAGAGAA